GGACAUGCUUGUCGGUCCUUGAACGUCUCAUUAUGAUUUCUGCUCGUUUUGGUUCACGACGUCCUCGCUGCUUAGGUUAAUAUCUCAUACAUGAUUCCGUUAGAUACGACCAUUUUAAAUGUGGUUGAGACUAUAGACAAUUGAAUGGCUCACAAGGAGUCCAUUUAUUGUUGUUGUUGUCACAUUUUCAAGAGAUGCAGCCCGACGCUGUCUCUGCGGCGUUGUGUUUAUGUGCAGCUCGCCCCUCUCGCCACUGCUGUUGUUUUUGUCGAAGUCAGCCAGCCAGCUGCAUUUUAAAAAAAUGUGCGCGUGUCCGUUUGUGUCAGUGACGUCAUCGACACUGACCAACUGAGUUUAGCUGUUUUUCUCGUUUUGUUUUAUUCGAAUCGCUUCCGUAAAGUCAAAACCUCGUUAGCACAAUGAGUCGUUUAAUUAACUAAGCCUUUCUAAAAUUAACGCAUUGUGUGCGAGUGCGCGCGCACGCGCACAAAUGUGACUUUAAACUGACCUCAGCCAGUUCUCCGCUCAUGUGUGAUUAAAUGAUAGCCUUUCCUCUAUUUUAAGCAAUGACGUUCAUCUUUUCCUGCAUUAUUAUUAUUAUUUUUUUUUUGUUAAUUAAAUGACGAGCUGUGAUUUUAAACGAAACAGCAUGAGGUGGAAAAACGAAUAUUAAUCGUGUUUUGUUACCCGUGAAAUUCAUAUUCGCUUGUAUUUAUUUACACAUCCGGGUACCUGCAUGCCGUGCCCACUGCCUCCUCUCCAGUCCCCCGUGGCGCGUUCAUCCAUAUGGGAAAUAAUCCGACCGGUCGACACAACGACCUGGAAUGCUCGAAAAUCACUCUGCGUUUGAAUUAUGUGUGUUCAACCAAGAAAACAUCUAAAACGUCUAUUCUUCUUGCUCAUUUUAGCAGGAAACCGGUUGUAGCUCUUAGAUUGACCUUUUUAGUCAGAACAUGUUCAAUAACUAACAUCCCACUGAGAGUCAGCAAAACGACACAAACAUAUUGAGCAAUGUUGCAAUAUUGAAUCAAUUUGUAAUUUACCUUGUAAGUAACUGACUAGCACGAGCGAAAUUAUUUUAUUAAACUUAAAUAUCUUCACUUUUUUCCUCCUCUGAUAACUGAUGGUCAGACUGAAAUGAAUUACAGUUGUGACUAUGUUAUCAGCAAAGAAAGUUAUAUUCUUUUGAAACAUUAUUUUGAUGUCUUUAUUUCUCUCAAAUCCUAUCAAUCUUGUCUGUGGCGUGAAAAACGAGGUUAAUCUUACUAAUAAUAGCAAUCAGGAUAAUCAGAUUAAGAAUAACAUGCACGUCCUUCAUUAUAAAGUAGUUGUAAGUAAAUAAAUACAACUAAAUAACAUACAAAAUGAGCCUCGUUUAAUGUGAAUGACAGUAAUCUUCAAUGUGGCAAAAAACCGCAUAUGUGAAAAGCAUUUGACAGUAUAGUUUCCCAUUUUUCCCAGGGGGUUUUGAAGGCAGCGCCGCGACUGAUUGGCCAACGUGGCCAUCAAUCAUCGUCGCUGCGCCCUCCCGCGUGGUGACGUUUCGUGCCAAAGCUGGCAGGCCAGCGCGAGACGCACACAACGAAAGACAACAAAAGCUCGUGUGGGAGCCCCCCUUAAAUGCAAGCCGUCGGUGUUUUAACAAUUCCCCUCUAACCCGACACACUUCCACACAUGGACCGGAAUCGAACAUGAUGAAUUUUACGAGGAGAUUGUGACGAAAACAAGGAGCUUGGGUUGCGUUCGUGUGUCUUUCCGUCCUCGAACAGGCUGUCGUCCUACUCAACUAACAUUCAGGCGCGAUUUCCUGGCGCGGCGUCGACGUGGAGCUGCCACGCGCCCGAGCCCACCGGCACCACGACGGCCCUGGCUUGCAUCCUCCGGUGUCUCUUCUGCCAGCAAGUCCAGCGGAGCUGCAACCCGACCGGACCGGAUUCCGGCGAGGAGCUGCGGCCCUCGGACAUGGUCAAGAUGACCAAGUCCAAGACCUUCCAGGCCUACCUGCCCAGCUGCCAUCGCACCUACAGCUGCAUCCACUGCAGAGCGCACCUGGCCAACCACGACGAGCUCAUCUCCAAGUCAUUUCAGGGCAGCCAAGGAAGAGCGUAUCUCUUCAACUCCGUGGUGAACGUGGGCUGCGGUCCGGCCGAGGAGCGGGUUCUCCUCACGGGUCUUCACGCCGUGGCCGACAUCUACUGUGAAAACUGCAAAACUACCCUGGGCUGGAAAUAUGAGCACGCCUUUGAGAGCAGUCAGAAGUACAAAGAGGGAAAGUUCAUCAUCGAGCUGGCUCACAUGAUCAAAGACAACGGAUGGGAGUGACUUUCGCGCUCUUGGGCGCUCGCUAGUUAAACUGCGACCACAAACUUGCACGCCCUGGACCCAGAGAUGCCCCCCCCCCACCCCGACCUGCCCCCCUUUCAUGGUCUUGUGUCAUCGCACCGUGGGAGGCAAACCUAUUUUAAAGCAACCCAACGCGUCAUCGUGAUCACCGCUCGCUGGACAUUGAAGGACAACUUUUACCUUAGCCGCUAGGCUUUUAGCAUCCACUCUUCAGUUUUUGUUUUUGAUUUUCACGUGACGCGUUGUUGGCGUCGACACGGUUUUGAGAAAAAAUAUGUAGCAGUGGCAAAGGAACGAGCGUAUCAAUGAGCCGGCAAGCUAGCGAUCGAGUCAAUUCGGCGAGCUAGCAAGUUACUGAGCUAGAAAGUUGGCGAGCUAGCGCGCUAAUGUUCAGAUUUUCUUUGCCCCAUUUUGGUUUCCUCUUUGGUGUUUUCUUUCCCAAGUUUCAGAUUUUGUUACAAAGCGUCAAGCAGUAUUUAUACAUCAUGAAUAUAUGAGAUUAUGAAUAUUUAAAUAUGAAUAUAUAUAUAUAUAUAUAUGACAAAAGUAGUAGGUAAUUUUUGGUCAAUUUGAGAGUGGCUGGUCCCAUUUAAUCAACUGAUUGCAGUUCCACAGAAAGAGGAGUUAUUUAGCGUGUAGAUAUUGUCCAUAUGAGUACAUUAUACAUUUAUCAAAAUAUUUAUAUACCACACACACGCAGUCAAUGUCUUUAGCCGUCAUGCAAACACACCCCUGUAUUUGCAAAUGUGUGUGUAUUUUGCACUUUGGGGAGGCUUCUGCUUCACGUCAGCUUGGAGGUCGACGUAGCAUUGGAGACAUUUUCUCGUUUUGUUUGAUUGACUGCAGACGUUUUCAUUUUACUUCUACGGUGGUGGGCGGUGACGUUUUCUUGUUUUAGUAUUUUUAUUAUUUUUGUGAUGGACAACUUGGUCAUUUUCUGACACAUUUUUUAAAAAUUCCAUAACUUCCACAUUACAUUUUCCUGUGAUAGUUAUGAAAUAUAUUCGUUUUUUGUUUUUUGUUUUUUUAACUUGGAUGAUGAAACACAGUUCAGGUAUUGUUGCUGACUUGUGACAUUUUCAUAUUUUAACGGCGUGGCGAUGUUUUUUUUUGGAUGUCUCGAUUGACAGUUUUCAACUGCUUUUGGGGUUUCUUAUGCGAUGAUUGACGGCUCUGACAUUUGCUUUUAUGACUGCCAUGACCGAUAGGUUAUUUUAGGUUGUUACUGGUGUGAUGACAAUCACAGUUACAUUUUCCCGUUUAUGGUGAUCAUUGGUGGUCACAUCUUUUUUUUUUUCUCGUCGAUGACGACGAUAGUGAGAUUUUUGUUUGAUUUUCAAUUGUGGUUGAUAAUUUUUUUUAAAGGUGAUGGACAGUUCUAACUUGGACAGUCUGACUUUCUCAUUUGAUGGACAUCUCUUGACACAGUCCUCAUUUUUAAGUUUUGUUUUUGGGACGAUAGAAUUUUUUUUUCCAGUUUUAUGAUGGCCAGUUAUGACAUAAUUUCAUGUUUACUGUAAUGGCACACUGUCCCGCUUUUCACGUUGUGACACCAAAUUUUUUUCUGAUUGUACUUGUGUGAUGGACGUUUGUGACGGUUUCUCGUUUGACCACCGUGAUGGGGGACAGGGCAGUUCCCACAUCGUCUUCCCGUGCUUACGGACGGCUUUCAGUGCACUUUACAAUCAUGAAGUUUUGGCCUCCAAGCUGCAAUCAACCACACACGCCUUUGCAAAAAAAAAAAACAAAAAAAAAAACGACAACCACCAACGCCCCGCCCACCCGACACCAUCUCAUUGUGUUCUGCAGCGGUUAACGCUACCCCCCCCCACCCCCCCAGUGAUUCAAAAGGAAAAAGAAAGACGCUACAUCCGCUUGCGAAUGUUUGGCGAGCUGAGAGAAAAGUGAUUGAUGACUUUGCCGGCGAAGGUCAGUCGAAUUCCGCCUCUUAUUUUACUCAAAGAUGACCGUUAGCAUUAGCAACUGUACUUGAAUGACAAAACGCAGACAAAUGAUCUCCUUUUAUUUUGUACAUAAAGUGACAUCAUAUUUAAGCUUUUUAUACAUCUAUUUCUGCCGGCUUUUUUUUUGUUGCCCCAACUUGAAGCACUUUGGUGUAUGUGUGUGUGCGCGUACGUAGGCCACUUUUGUUUGCUUAGCCUGUUAGCUUAGCUUGUUUAUUUAGUGCUGUGUUUGGACGUCAAGGGUGAGCUGGAAUCUCCCGCCAUUAUCUCGCCCUCACCAGCCAUUUUGGAGGUCCUUAAGUUUGCUUCUUUUUUUUUUUUGUUUUAAGCCGCACAAUUGAUUGUAUUUCCUGUUAUUUAUUAGCAUCUUGCUGGCCUUAAUGGUUACGUUCCCAAAUCAGGGCUGCUAGCUGAAUCAUCUUUAAAAAAAAAAACAAAAAAAGGCUUUUCUACAGAAGCGUUUGCUUUGUACA